GUGCAUUUGGCUGACCAGACAAUACCCAACAAAGCACAGGAGGAAGGAGAGGCCAGUUCCCUGGUGAAGUAUUUCAGUGUGGUGUGGUGCAAGGCGUCCAAGAAGAAGCAUAAGAAAUGGGAAGGAGAUGCUGUUCUCAUCGCCAGAGGGAGAUCCGUGACCUUAAAGGAUAUGGAAGGCAAAGAUAUUGGAAAAGGUACUGGAUACAAGCUGAAGGAUCUGGAGAAUCUAGAAGAAGGGCAGACCUUAAUGAUUGGUGGGAAGGAGAUUGAGGUCAUGGGUCCAAUUGCAGAAGAGGAUUAUACUACUGGCAGAUGUUUCCACUCAGCAGUGGUGUCACCCAGUCAGGUUCCUCUAGAUUCCCUCAAUCUCAAACCAUUCAUCAACCCAAAAAAUAUUGGCAAAGAGACUAUAUCAAAAGACCUUCAGACCUGCAAACCUCGCCAUGAUCCCAGCGCACCAGGUUCUAUAGUAAUGCCGAGACCGUCCGAACAUCUUCAGAGAAUGUUCAGCAAGUCCAGUUUGCCCCUUGUGGAUGUCGUGGUUGAUCCUUAUGUGGCUGUACAUCUGAGACCACAUCAAAAAGAAGGGAUUCUGUUCCUUUAUGAAUGUCUAAUGGGGAUGAGGGUCUCUGGUCAGUAUGGAGCCAUCCUGGCGGAUGAGAUGGGUUUGGGUAAAACACUUCAGUGCAUUGUCUUGAUAUGGACCCUUCUGCGCCAAGGUCCUUUUGGAGGCAAGCCUAUUAUAAAGAGAGCUUUGAUUGUCACUCCAGGGAGUUUGGUGAAGAACUGGAGGAAGGAAUUUCAGAAGUGGUUGGGCACAGAGAGAAUGCGCGUGUUUUCAGUCGAUCAGGAUCACAAAGUGGAAGAAUUCAUCAACUCUCCUCUGUAUCCUGUGCUGAUCAUUAGCUAUGAGAUGUUGUUACGUUCUAUGGACCAAAUCCAGAGCCUGGGCUUCGACCUAAUCAUCUGUGACGAGGGGCACCGCUUAAAGAACAGCUCCAUAAAAACCACAUCAGCACUCAGCAGUUUGUCUUGCAGUAAAAGAAUCAUUCUUUCAGGUACUCCUAUACAAAAUGAUCUACAGGAGUUUUUUGCUUUGAUAAACUUCGUUAAUCCAGGAAUACUUGGAUCUUUGUCUACUUACAGAAAAAUAUAUGAGGAACCUAUUUUACAAUCCCGUGAACCUUCGGCAUCCAAAGAACAAAAAACUUUAGGAGAAGAAAGAGCUUCAGAACUGGCUCGUGUGACAGGCCUUUUUUAUUCUCCGAAGAACACAGGAGGUCAUUAAUAAAUUCCUCCCUCCAAAGAUUGAGAGCAUAGUCUUCUGCAAGCCAUCCAUGUUUCAGCUUGAUUUGUACAGAAGGCUUCUCAACUCUGGUCUUGUAAGAUCUUGUUUGCUAGGGCUGGGGGAGAACAGCCCCCACCUGGUCUGUAUCGGUGCACUCAAGAAACUUUGUAACCACCCUAUCCUUCUCUACAAGACGCUCCAGGGGAAGACUACAAAUCCAAACAAGGAGGAAACGAGCUUUUAUGAAAGUUUAAGUGAUCUAUUUCCACAAAGUUAUAAUACAGAGGAAGUAUUAGAGUCUGAGUCUGGAAAACUACAGGUUUUAAUGAAGCUUUUACAAGCAAUAAAAGAGCACAGUCUGUCUGAGAGAGUAGUCCUUGUGUCAAACUAUACCCAAACGUUAAAUAUAUUGCAAGCACUGUGCCAACAACACGGGUACAGUUGCACUAGAUUGGAUGGACAGACACCAGUCGGUCACAGGCAGCGCAUAGUGGAUGGAUUUAACAGCAAAUAUUCCUCGGAUUUCAUCUUCCUUCUGAGUUCAAAAGCUGGUGGUGUGGGCCUAAACCUGAUUGGAGCAUCCCAUUUAAUUCUGUAUGAUAUAGACUGGAAUCCUGCUAAUGACAUACAGGCAAUGGCACGUGUAUGGAGGGAUGGUCAGCAGCACACCGUGCACAUCUACAGGCUUCUGACAACAGGUACUUUAGAGGAAAAGAUUUAUCAGCGACAGAUUAGUAAACAGGGUCUCUCCGGGGGCUGUAGUUGAUCUGGCCAAAAAGUCAGAACAUAUCUGUUUUUCUGUGGAUGAGCUGAGAGAUCUUUUCACUCUGGACGAAGACAGUGACUGUGUGACCCAUGACUUGCUGGAGUGUGACUGUACACAGACAAAGCACUAUCCAGGUGGUUCCACUGGAAAAGAGAUCACACGUGGGAGGCUCAUUAAUAAGCCUUAUAAGAAUGUUUCCAUGUCUGAACUGAUGGAGUGGAAACACCUUUCCAUGGAGCAGCGUGCUGAUGACCCUUUUCCUCCAGCCAGGGAGAAAAUAUAUUUCCUUUGUUUUCCAGAACAUGACAAACAGCCAAACCUGA